GCAGAUUGGCAAUUAAACGGUCACACUGCAGGCAGGAAAUAUUUUAGCGCGUCGCAACGAAAAAGCAAUUGUAAUCCUCGUGGUGGCUAGUUAAUCCAAAGCAUUUUAGCUCUAUUGAAUCGAGGAUAACCCGAUCCUGGACAGCGUGCAGCCAUGUCGCAUCACUACGUGGUGACGGCGCAAAAGCCGACGGCGGUUGUUGCCUGUUUAACUGGCAACUUCACCUCGCCCACGGAUCUCAAUCUUAUUAUUGCCCGGAACAACCAGGUGGAAAUUGAUCUGGUCACGCCGGAGGGACUGCGUCCUCUAAAAGAGAUCAACAUCAAUGGCACCAUUGCCGUGAUGCGGCACUUCCGACCGCCUGAUAGCAACAAGGACCUGCUCUUCAUCCUGACGCGUCGCUACAACGUCAUGAUCCUCGAGGCCCGCAUGGUCAACGAUGUCAUCACGGUGGUCACCAAGGCCAACGGCAAUGUGUCCGAUUCGGUGGGCAUUCCCUCCGAGGGAGGCGUCAUCGCCGCCAUCGAUCCCAAGGCCAGGGUCAUCGGGAUGUGUCUGUACCAAGGCCUGUUCACCAUCAUUCCGAUGGAUAAGGAGGCCAGCGAGCUGAAGGCCACCAAUUUGCGAAUGGAUGAGCUGAACGUGUACGAUGUGGAGUUUCUGCAUGGCUGCCUCAACCCCACCGUCAUAGUCAUCCACAAGGACAAUGACGGCAGGCAUGUAAAGUCCCACGAGAUCAACCUGCGGGAGAAGGAGUUCAUGAAAAUAGCCUGGAAGCAGGACAACGUAGAAACCGAGGCCACCAUGCUGAUCCCAGUGCCGUCACCCAUCGGUGGAGUGAUCGUAAUUGGGCGGGAAUCGAUCGUGUAUCACGACGGAAGCAACUACCAUGCGGUGGCGCCGCUCACCUUCCGCCAAAGCACCAUCAACUGCUACGCCCGUGUGAGUAGCAAUGGAUUGCGCUACCUGCUGGGCAACAUGGAUGGCCAGCUGUACAUGUUGUUCCUGGGCACGUCGGAGACGAGCAAGGGAGUGACUGUAAAGGACAUCAAGGUGGAGCAGCUGGGCGAGAUCUCUAUACCAGAGUGCAUUACUUACCUGGACAAUGGGUUCCUCUACAUCGGAGCUCGUCACGGCGAUUCGCAAUUGGUGCGCCUCAAUUCGGAGGCUAUCGAUGGCUCUUAUGUUGUGCCUGUAGAGAACUUUACCAACCUGGCACCGAUUCUGGACAUUGCUGUCGUGGAUCUGGAUCGUCAGGGACAGGGCCAGAUCAUCACGUGCUCGGGCAGCUUUAAGGAUGGAUCCCUGCGCAUUAUUCGCAUAGGUAUUGGCAUCCAGGAGCAUGCCUGCAUUGAUCUCCCCGGCAUCAAGGGCAUGUGGUCUUUGAAGGUGGGAGUCGAUGAGAGUCCUUACGAGAACACUCUGGUACUGGCCUUUGUGGGUCACACGAGGAUCCUCACCCUGUCCGGCGAAGAAGUUGAAGAAACCGAAAUUCCCGGCUUCGCCAGCGAUCUGCAGACUUUCCUUUGUUCAAAUGUGGAUUAUGAUCAGUUGAUCCAAGUUACUUCGGACAGUGUUCGCUUAGUAAGUAGUGCCACCAAGGCUCUCGUCGCCGAGUGGCGUCCGCAAGGUGAUCGUUCCAUCGGCGUCGUAUCUUGUAAUACAACGCAAAUCGUGGUGGCUUCUGCAUGCGACAUAUUUUACAUCAUUAUUGAAAAUGGAAGCCUAAGAGAGCAGUGUCGCAGGACUUUGGAUUAUGAGGUGGCCUGCCUGGAUGUCACUCCCUUGGAUGAGACGCAAAAGAAGUCGGAUUUGGUGGCCGUGGGCUUGUGGACAGAUAUAUCUGCUGUGAUCCUGUCGCUGCCCGAUCUUAAGACCAUUUACACCGAAAAACUAAGCGGUGAAAUCAUUCCCCGCUCUAUUCUGAUGACCACCUUCGAGGGAAUCCAUUAUCUGCUCUGCGCUUUGGGUGACGGCUCUAUGUAUUACUUUAUCAUGGACCAGACCACUGGGCAAUUGACGGACAAGAAGAAGGUGACGCUUGGCACGCAACCAACCACGCUGCGCACCUUCCGGUCCUUAUCCACCACGAAUGUCUUUGCCUGCUCCGAUCGUCCCACGGUGAUUUACUCUUCUAAUCACAAGUUGGUGUUUUCAAAUGUGAAUCUGAAGGAGGUUAACCACAUGUGCUCGCUGAAUGCACAGGCUUAUCCGGAUAGUUUGGCGUUGGCCAACAAGAACGCAGUUAUUUUGGGCACCAUCGAUGAGAUCCAGAAGCUGCAUAUUCGAACAGUACCGCUUGGCGAGGGCCCACGAAGAAUUGCCUACCAAGAGGCAUCGCAGACGUUUGCUGUGUCCACUCUACGUAUUGAUGUACAUGGAAGGGGUGGAGCUAAACCAUUGCGGAACAGUGCCUCCACGCAGGCCCAGAAUAUAACGUGUAGCUCUAAUUUCCUGCCCAAACCGGGUGGUGGAAAUUCCACGGCUGCCAAUGCGGAAGUGGGUCAAGAGAUCGAUGUACACAACCUGCUGGUCAUCGAUCAAAACACGUUCGAGGUUCUCCACGCCCACCAAUUCGUGUCCCCCGAAACUAUAUCCUCGCUGAUGUCCGCCAAGCUGGGCGACGAUCCCAAUACGUACUACGUGGUGGCCACGUCAUUGGUAAUUCCAGAAGAACCGGAGCCAAAGGUGGGAAGGAUCAUCAUCUUCCACUACCACGACAACAAGCUCACCCAGGUGGCCGAGACUAAGGUGGAUGGAACCUGCUAUGCCCUGGUUGAGUUCAAUGGCAAAGUUCUUGCCGGUAUCGGAAGUUUUGUGCGUCUAUACGAGUGGACCAAUGAGAAGGAGCUGCGCAUGGAGUGCAACAUUCAAAACAUGAUUGCCGCCUUAUAUCUGAAGGCCAAGGGUGACUUUAUCCUGGUUGGAGAUCUGAUGCGAUCCAUCACGCUGCUUCAGCACAAGCAGAUGGAGGGCAUCUUUGUUGAGAUUGCCCGCGAUUGUGAACCCAAAUGGAUGAGAGCCGUUGAGAUACUUGACGACGAUACGUUCCUGGGCUCCGAGACAAAUGGAAAUCUUUUCGUCUGUCAAAAGGACAGUGCCGCCACAACCGACGAGGAACGUCAGUUGCUGCCGGAGCUGGCCCGUUUCCACUUGGGCGACACUGUGAACGUUUUCCGCCACGGAUCCCUGGUGAUGCAGAACGUUGGUGAGCGAACAACGCCAAUCAAUGGAUGUGUACUGUACGGCACAUGCAACGGAGCCAUUGGCAUUGUGACCCAGAUACCGCAGGACUUCUACGACUUCCUGCACGGACUGGAGGAGCGACUAAAGAAAAUCAUAAAGUCGGUGGGCAAGAUCGAGCAUACGUACUACCGCAAUUUCCAAAUCAACACCAAAGUGGAGCCCAGCGAGGGAUUCAUCGAUGGAGACCUGAUCGAAAGCUUUUUGGACUUGAGUCGAGAGAAGAUGCGUGAUGCCGUUCAGGGGUUGGAGUUCACUCUGAAUGGCGAACGAAAGGGCGCGGAUGUGGAAGAUGUCAUAAAGAUAGUCGAGGACCUCACACGCAUGCAUUGAGGACUUGUGGUCGUUUGUAUAUAAGUAUUGGAAAUGGAACUAACUCGACGCGAAUUAUUUGAAUGUACAUGAAACUUCGAUACCAUGUAUCCCGCUUAAUCCCGUAACAACCCAUUCGAAGCUCUCCGUGCUAGAUGCUACGACGAUCGUAAAAACGAUGUUUCACGAGUUCCUCGUUUGUGUUUGACAAUGUAGCAAAAAAAAAUUGUUUUAAGUGCGUCGCGAGCGCGCUCUUUCAAAGUUGCGCCACAGUCCCGCAUUAAUUUAAUAAACCAAAAUUUUAAAUAAAAA